UAGAGAAAUCAACCAAAUCAAAAACGAAAACUGGAUUUUUAAAGAAACGGCUCAUAAGCUUCCAAAAUGAAUGAGAGGAUUGUAAAUAGGCAAGGAUGCUAAAUAAAUGGUACUUGUUAAAGAAUUAAACAACCUUUGACAAUAAAAAAGAAUAACAACCUUCAAGCAAUGAAAACUGGCCUCUUUGUCGACUCUCCUACAACAUUCAUAGCAUAGUGGACUCCUUCAUGUAUUGUUCUAGCGUCAUCCUUAAUGUUGAUGAUAGUUGUCUGGGUACCCCCUUGAGAGCUGAUUUUGGUGGUGUCAUUCGAAAUCAUGCUGGAAUUUAUUUAUCAGGUUUUUCCGAAUAUAUUCCUAACUCAUCUGACAUCUUAUAUGUUGAGCUUUAUGCUAUCUACCAGGGCCUAAUUUUGGCAAGAAACUUAAAUAUUGGUGAUCUCGUCUGCUACAAUGACUCUUUGCAUUGUAUCAACCUCCUUAAGGGUCCUAUUCUGAAUUUUCAUGUCUAUGCGAUUUUGAUUCAAGAUGUGAAAGAUUUGAUGGAGCAAAAUAAUGUCAUUGUUUACCACACUCUUAAGGAAGGUAAUCAAUGUGCGGAUUUCAUGGCCAAGCUUGGAGCCUAUUCGGAUACUGAGUUGUUCUACCAUUCCUCCCCUCCAGAUGACCUUUUGAAUCUCCUUAGGAUGGACGCGGCCGAGACUUUCUUUUCUAGAGAUUAGUCCUUUUUGUGUUUGUUUUCUGUUUUUCUUUUUUCUAUUUUUCCUUCCCUUUUGCAUUGUAACCAAAAAACAAGCAAGAAUUUAAAGUUAAAGGGAAGCCUUGGUACAACGAUAAAAUUGCUUUCAUAUGACCGAAAUAUUACGAGUUUAAGUCAUGAAAACAUCCUCUUAUAUAAAAACGAAGUAAAUUGUAUACAAUAUACUAAAUUGUGGAACCUUUUUUGAUCCCUGCGUAUACGGCAAU